AUCAACGUUACACGGCAAAAAAAGAAAAAAAAAAAAGGCCAUACAGUAGGGACUUCUCUGGCGGUCCAAGUAAAGACCUUGGGCUUCAAGGGCAGGGGGUGAGGGUCUGAUCGCUGGUUGCAGAACUAAGAUUCCACAUGCCCCCAAGCAGUGGCCAAAUAAAAAUAAAAAAGCAACCCACACAGCGGGCAUUUUUCACUUCAGGCGCUCUGGUCCUCCCGGGAUACCGCAUCCGUCUUAGGGGCCUUCCCACUCGCCGCGGGACAGAGCGGCGGACCGGCAGCCCAGCCUCAACGCCGGGGUCGCGCUCCGCGGAGAACCACCGAGCGCGGACCUCCGGCGCCUCCUAGAGCGGGUGGAAGAUGUCUAUGGAUGUGACGUUUCUGGGGACAGGUGCAGCUUACCCAUCCCCGACCCGGGGUGCCUCCGCGCUGGUCCUGCGGUGUGAGGGCGAGUGCUGGCUCUUUGACUGUGGGGAGGGAACCCAGACACAGCUUAUGAAGAGCCAGCUUAAAGCAGGGAGAAUUACCAAGAUCUUCAUCACGCAUCUUCAUGGAGACCAUUUCUUUGGCCUUCCUGGCCUCCUCUGCACAAUCAGCCUGCAGAGUGGGUCCAUGGUCACCAAACAGCCCAUCGAAAUCUAUGGCCCUGUGGGGCUUCGGGACUUUAUCUGCCGAACCAUGGACCUCUCUCACACGGAGCUGGUCUUCCCUUACGUGGUCCAUGAGCUGGUGCCUACAGCAGAUCAGUGUCCUAUGGAAGAACUGAAAGAAUCUGUCCAGGUGAAUAAAACAGACAGCCCUCCCCAAGAGGGAGAAGGACGAACCAUCAUGUUAGACUCAGAAGAAAGCUCGUACCUCUUGGUUGAUGACGAACAGUUUGUUGUGAAAGCGUUUCGCCUCUUUCAUCGAAUACCCUCCUUUGGAUUUUCCGUCGUGGAGAAGAAACGCCCAGGUAAACUCAAUGCACAGAAACUAAAGGACCUGGGUGUUCCACCAGGUCCUGCCUAUGGGAAGCUGAAAAACGGAAUUUCUGUUGUUCUGGAAAAUGGAGUUACAAUUUCUCCCCAAGAUGUCUUAAAGAAGCCUAUUGUUGGAAGAAAAAUCUGUAUUUUGGGUGACUGUUCUGGGGUUGUGGAUGACGGAGGAGUAAAGCUGUGCUUUGAAGCAGACCUGUUGAUCCACGAAGCGACCCUGGAUGACACCCAGAUGGACAAAGCGAAGGAGCACGGCCACAGCACGCCGCAGAUGGCGGCGACGUUUGCAAAGCUGUGCCGAGCAAAGAGGCUGGUUCUGACUCACUUCAGUCAGAGGUACAAACCAGUUGCCUUGGCCAGAGAAGGAGAAGCAGAUGGGAUUGUAGAACUUAAAAAGCAAGCUGAAUCAGUGUUAGACCUCCAAGAAGUGACUCUCGCAGAAGAUUUCAUGGUGAUCAGCAUUCCGAUCAAGAAGUGAAGCCAGUAUUCCUGAAUGCAUUCUGAUGUGUCUGUAAAUAUGUUAUUGAACCAACAGUCACAUUUGGUUUCUUUUUGUUGUGGUGGUGGUGGUGGUCAUCGUAGUUUUGGUCUAAAAUUAUUUGAGUCCUCAUAAUCCUGGAAAGGAUGGAGCUGCAUUGCUGAACUAACUCAGCAUUGAGAGGGAGCAAGCUUUUUUAUAAUAAAUCACUUUAAAAAGAAUGAAACCAGCAUCCUUCUUAAAGUCCAGAUUUGACAAAAUGAUAGGCUAUUCAGGUAUACAUGCUUUGUGGUUGCUGCCUCAGAGAUUAGCCAAUGCACCAUGCAAUCCUGGGCUUAGCUUCUAUCUAGCUUUAUUGCUGUUGUUGGCAAAGUUUGCAGGACUUGGCCCUCCUGGCUAACAAUGGUAUUUUGGCAGUUUGUGUUAAAUCUGUUCAUGUUAUUAACAAAAGAGAAAUGUAAUGAGAUAUUGAACAUGCAGAAUUGAAGCUGGCAUGUUAAAUCUUGAAUUCUUUGCUAGAAGACUGAAGGCAGGGUCAGGGUAGGUGUUUGGCCUUCAAUUAAUAUUUUAUUAAACUUUCCAGUUUGCUCUAAACCCAGGGUUCUCAGAGGUGAUACUGCUCCCUUAGAUGGAAUUUUGAAGUUGUGGGAUGUUUCUUGUCAAAACUAGGAGGGGUUACUACCAGCAGUUAGUCAGUACAGGGCAGGAUGCUAGAUUGUAGAGAAUUUUGGUCAGUCCUAAACAAUGAAGAAUUAUCUCAUCCCACAAUGCAUAUUGCAGGUCUGUUGAAAUACACAUCAAAUUAAAACUUAGACUCCUGCUGUGAACAUACUUUAUAAAAAUUCAGUGACAUAGGGGGCAUGAACCACUGGUCUCCUUGCAUGGCCCUGCAAUAAACCUUUCUCUGCUCAAAAAGAAAAAAAGGAAAUAGUGAUGUAAUGAGCUGAACUACGAGGUAAGUCAAAUUCUGCAACAAAUCCUAAAAAGCUAGCUAAGUGAAUAUAUUGGAAUGUCACAUCAAACAUUAUUUGUCAGAAAUGAGCUAUGGGCUGGAGCUUGUGAAUCUGGAGGUUAAAAAAUGACUAUAUGUCCAACUUGGGUUUAAUUUACGUGUUCUGAUAAAUAAUUAUUUGAGCACCAUUUUCGUAAAAUGUUCUUUCUAGAAUAGCUUUUCCUGCUGAGUUGCCUUCCACCUCCCUUCUGUCUGUCAUGGGGUAUCUCUGACUCAUUUGCCCACAGUAUUUCUCAAAAUGUAUUACAUGGAAAGGUAGUCUCAAGUACUGAUUCAGUCAAAACAGUUCCCUAAUCAGACUGGUUUGGGGAACCCUGUAUACUGUGGGUCCCUCUGGCAGAGCUGUAAUGCCCACCAAUGUAUUACAAUAGCACUGCUUCAGUGAUCACCAGCCCGGCUGUGAUGCCAGAAAGACCUGAUUUCAGAGUCCCAUUCCCUCUGUGCUCUAAAGCACGGUCCUUAGAUCUGCUGAUCUUUAGCUUGCUCAUCUCUAAAAGUGAGAAAAAUAAUAGUAAGACCUACCUCUAGGAGUGCCGUAAAGAUUAAAUAAAGACAGUGUAUAAAAGGAGCAUAGCACAUUGCUUCAAGGCACGAAGUCCUAAAGUACAGAGGCUUGUCAACUGAACCCCUUUCUAAAGUCAUAUUUCACCAUAUACUAUCUGUUAACAUCUUAAGAACCUAGAGAAUUUUAUAGUAUACUUAUUCAGAAAUACUGUCAUGGUGUAUAGUAUACUACUGGAUUCCUCUGGUCCUGGGGCUUUUCUAGUGAAAAUUGACUACCGGAGGGGUCUGGAACCCCUGAAGUAGUGAUGGUCUAGUUACUCAAGAUCUCGGUCACUCUGAAGCAGCCUCCAGGAUGGGCUGAUUGAGCCCUGCUUUAGGCUCCUGGCCUGCCAGAGUACCAGAGUGGGCCAGAACUAACGCAUAUCUUGGUUUCUGAACUCAAGUCAAACCAGCAUCUAUUAACCUACUGUGUGCCGAAUGGGCUUCCCUGGUUGCUCAGCAGUUAAGAAUCCGCCGCAGGAGAUACAAAUUCAAUCCCUAGGGUUGGGAAGAUCCCCUGGAGGAGGGCAUGGCAACCCAUUCCAGUAUUCUUGCUUGGAGAAUCCCAUGGACAGAGGAGCCUGGCGGGCUACAGUCCACAGGGCCACAAAGAUUUGGGCACGACUGAAGCGAUUUAGCACAUGUGCAUUCAACGUGUGCCCAAACCUGUACAAGAGGGAAUGGCUAGUACUAGUACCUCUGAUGCUUGGAGCUCUGGUGUGUAAAGAUUGUAGUUUGGUCACCUCUACAUUCUUGGAAAUACCCACCCAUACUAUGCCCUCAGAAGUGUAUAUUGAAUGAAACGAGAUCACAAAAUUUAA